AUGAACCACAUUAACUUCUUUGCAUCUGUUGCUCUCAUUAAAGAAUCAGGACUUGUUCUACGAGGAGAAGAGUACUCUAAAUUCGUAAAAGAAUAUGAUCAUGCUAUGUCAACUUUGCAAACUUCUCUAAAGGCAAUGGAUAAAAGAAUGGAUAUUUUUCAUCAAAGAGUAGUAAAAUUCACUGCAAUCGUACUCGACGAUGCGAAUAUAAAAAGGGCUACAACAGAUACUCCUCCUGUAUAUUUUUUAAACUUCGUAAAUACUCAUCAGAAACUUAUGAAUGACAUUACUGGUGCUAUUGAUGCUGUGGAUAAGGCUACAUCGGAUUUUAAGAAAUCUCAUCAGAAGAUGUGA